UCAUUUGUGAAAAUCCGUCCAGCCGUUUGGCCUAUAGGUGAAAAAAGGCACGUUAUCCAUAUUAACCCAAAUGAUAAUCACUCUCCGCGUGACGUCAUGCGCGCCGGGGGACGAAAAUCGAACAGCGGAGCAUGUGGCACGCUUUGUUGUGGCGACAGUUCUUCCCAGUGGGGAAAAAGAGGGUGCUCAUCAGACACGCCUUUUUUUUCACUUGACAAGUCGGAAUCACAUCACGCUUUCGUUUUUUUUGUCGCCUGUAAUGUCAAGCUGACCUGUCAAACCUGUCAAGAUCCACCGGAAAAAUAAAAAGUCAUCUUUUAAGAUUCUCCUAAAUAUUUUUCUACAUAAACGGUACAUUAGAAUAAAUAUCACACCAGAUAUAAUUACGAAAUAUGGCCCGUAGAUAUGAUACAAGGACAACAAUCUUCUCCCCAGAAGGGAGACUUUACCAAGUUGAAUAUGCGAUGGAAGCUAUUUCUCAUGCUGGUACUUGCUUAGGCAUUCUCGCCAAAGACGGUAUUUUAUUGGCUGCUGAAAGAAGAAAUACCAACAAGUUGCUAGACGAGGUUUUCACCUCGGAAAAAAUCUACAAGCUAAAUGAUGACAUGGUAUGUAGUGUCGCAGGAAUUACCUCAGAUGCAAAUGUUCUUACAAAUGAAUUAAGAUUGAUAGGACAGAGAUAUUUGUUCCAAUAUGGAGAAUCAAUCCCUUGUGAACAGCUAGUUUCUUGGCUUUGUGAUGUUAAGCAAGCUUAUACACAAUAUGGAGGUAAAAGACCAUUUGGUGUAUCUAUUCUCUACAUGGGUUGGGAUAAACAUUAUGGCUACCAACUGUACCAAUCUGACCCAAGUGGGAACUACAGUGGAUGGAAAGCAACUUGCAUAGGAAACAAUAGCUCAGCAGCAAUUUCCAGUUUGAAGCAAGAGUAUAAAGAGGGAGAAAUGACUCUGAAAGAUGCUAAAGCUUUGGCUGUUAAGGUUUUGGUGAAAACUUUGGAUAUGGCAAAACUCACCUCUGAAAAAGGUUUGUACUGACUCCUUGAAUUGAAGAGUACCAAGCAAUAAAGUCAUGCUUGAAAAUUAACAGAAUGUAUACUUCUCUGGUGUGUUCCAUUCCUGAUCUUCACUACAAACAUUAACAAAUCUCUGUAUAUGUAACUGGUAUUACAAUAUAAGAAUGUUUUUAUAUUGGUACAUAACAAUUUUCAUGAAACGAGACUAAACAUUUGUAUUAUAGCAUAAAAACACGGUUUUAGUGCUUCCUGAAAAUUGUGUCGCCCUCACCUUGUGCAAUUCAAAAUGCUUAUUUGAUCAGUACGUCAAGCAUGAUAGUUUGAAACUAAAAACCGUUUUGCCAGAGGUUCCACUAUUUACCCUGGUAAUUAUAUCUUUGUAAAUUUCAAUGGUACAUUACUGGAACUUUGUAAAAAACGAUUCUUGAAUUCAAAAAUCUUGAAUUACAUACAAUAACUAUUAUAUCUUAGUUUUUUCUAGAUCAUGUACGUUUUUGUGACUACUCUGGUGCCACUUCUCUGGCAGUUUUAAUAUUGUUUUUACUACUGUUCUUUUUCUACACUUUACUCAAACACAACCGUUAGCCUUAGG